AUGUCGAACCACAUUCGUACCAUCUGUCCGUCGACUCACGAAGUCAUCUACGACCAGCCAGGCACCUCUUUGGAGGAAGCCGUCCAAGUCGCCCGCGCAUCUAAAAGUGCGUUUCAGUCGUGGCGGGCUGAGCCUCUGAACCAGCGCAAAGCAAUUGUAUCCCGGGCGCUGGACAUAAUUGACAAGCGAAAAGAUGACCUUGCCAGGGAGCUGACUGCGCAGAUGGGCCGACCGAUCAGGUACUGUGGCGUCGAAAUUAAGACUGCUCGUCUCCGUGCUGAGUACCUGCUCGAUAUCGCCGAAGAGAGUCUGGCAGAUUUGCCCGGUCGCCCUGAAGCUGGUUUCCGGCGCAUGGUCAAACGUGUGCCUGUAGGGCCGACGCUUAUUGCAGGUGCAUGGAAUUACCCAUACUUGACCACUGUCAAUGGUCUCAUUCCUGCUUUGUUGGCAGGCAAUACCGUUAUUCUCCGUCCAUCGCCGCAGACCCCAUUGUUUGGGGACCGGUUGCUUGAGAUUUUCUCGGAGGCAGGGCUCCCAGCUCAUGUACUCCAGAUCAUUCAUGUUGGAAGUCUUGAUAUUUUGGAUCAGAUUUCCCAAAUACCUGACAUCCAGUCUGUCUCAUUUACCGGCUCGACAACAGGCGGAAUACGCCUGCGCGAGGCAACUGCCCGCCACAUUAAGCCGGUAAACCUUGAACUGGGUGGAAAUGAUCCUGCCUAUGUGCGCGCAGACGUGGACAUCAAACACGUCGCAGAACAGCUGGUUGAUGGCGCUAUUUUCAAUUCUGGACAAAGUUGCUGUUCUAUCGAGCGGGUCUACGUGCAUGCGAAUGUCUACGAUGAAUUUGUCCGAGCAGUACAGGAUGAGUUGAAGUCGUACAAGCUCGGUGACCCUUACGAUGAGACAACAACCACUGGCCCAGUUAUUUCCCAGGCAGCAGUGAGAAAGAUCAAGGAGCAUGUCGAUGACGCCCUGGCCAAGGGAGCGACAGACUCUACUCCAGAAAACUCGAGUUUCCAUCUGGCCAAAGCAUUGUCCAAUCAGAAAGGAAACUAUGUCGCUCCGAUUGUUCUGACCAAUGUCAAUCACGAAAUGCUUACUUUGAAGGAAGAAACAUUUGGUCCUGUUAUGCCGAUUAUGAAAGUGGCCAGUGACGAUGAGGCUGUUGCUUUAAUGAACGACAGUGACUACGGACUGACAGCUAGUGUGUGGACGAAGGAUAUUGCCGUGGGAGAAGAGCUUAUUGACCGGAUUGAGGCCGGAACAGUGUUCAUCAACCGCUGUGACUAUCCAAGCCCGGAUCUUGCUUGGACAGGUUGGAAGACAUCUGGUUUGGGAUGUACCCUCGGGCCGCGGGGAUUUGAUGGAUUCGUGAAGCUGAAAAGUUACCAUAUUAAGGAAGCCUCUGCAUAA